ACGGGUCUUGGCUCAGGGGCUGGGGCAGGGGUGGCCUUUACUCUUUGUGGGUUCGGCGACUUCCGGCGCGCAGGCCCGUCCCGGGCACCGCGCCCCAGUCCGUGACAGAGUUGGGAGUGCUCCUCCGCCUGCCCGCCUGCGAGGGGCUACGGGGGCCUGGAGCUAGGGGAGAGAGUUGCAGGGCCGGGAGGACCACAGGGCUGCGGCCGCAGGACAGUGAUUUGGACCUAGUGAAAGGACGUCGCCCCUUAGCCCCAGCUAUGGACUCCACAGCAUCAGUUCUCCCCUCUCAGGACUCUGCUCUUCCUCCAGAGAGAUACCCAGGAGAAAAGGGAACAACCAGUUUAUUCCUGAAAGCCAGGCCCCAGGAUCUGAUGACAUUUGAGGAUGUAGCUGUGGAAUUCACCCAGUGGGAAUGGGGGCAGUUGGACCUCGCUCAAAAGGACCUAUACAGGGCAGUGAUGCUGGAGAACUUCAAGAACCUGGCCUCUCUGGGGCUUCCGGUGUCUAAACCAUAUGUGAUCUCCCAGAUGGAGGAAGGGAAAGAGCCCUAUGUGUUAGAGGGAGAAAUCUCAACAGACUGGGAGAAAAGGCCUAAAGCCAAGGAAUCAAUACUAAAUCAGGGAAUUUCCAAAGAAGAAUUACUCCAGAUAGCAUCAGUGGAAAAACAUGUCAGAGAUGAACUCUGCUUCUGCAAACUGAAAGUAACCUAUGGUUGUGAUGACCAAUUAGAGAUACAUCCAGAAAACCAGGAGAGACAUCUGAAAGAAAUGUCGAUCACUCACAAAUCUACCACCCUUAAGAUAGAUCAUGAACGGAGUGAAUUUGGGAGAAGUUUAGGCUUAAGAUCAGUCCUAGUUAACCAACACAGUGUUCCUAUAGGAGAAGGAUCCUAUAAAUGUGAUACAGAAUUCAGACAGACUUCAGGGAGAAAUAACUCCCAGAGAACCCAUUCAGGAAAGAAACCUUGUAAAUGUAAUGAAUGUGGGAAGUCUUUCCAUUUCCAGUCAGAACUUAGGCGCCACCAGAGAUGUCACACUGGAGAAAAGCCCUAUGAAUGCAGUGAAUGUAGAAGAGCCUUUGGUCAUAUUUCAUCCCUUAUUAAACAUCAGAGAACUCAUACUGGAGAAAAGCCCUAUGAAUGCAGUGAAUGUGGGAGAGCCUUCAGCCAGAGUUCAUCUCUUGUUUUACAUUAUAGAUUUCAUACUGGAGAAAAACCUUACAAAUGUAAUGAAUGUGGAAGAGCCUUUGGACAUACUUCGUCUCUUAUUAAACAUCAGAGAACUCAUACUGGAGAAAAGCCCUAUGAAUGCAGGGAAUGCGGGAGAACCUUCAGUCAGAGUUCCUCUCUAAUCGUACAUUAUAGAUUUCAUACUGGAGAGAAACCUUACAAAUGUAAUAAAUGUGGGAGAGCCUUCAGCCAAAGUUCAUCUCUCACUCAACAUUAUAGAUUUCAUACUGGAGAGAAACCCUACAAAUGUAAUGAAUGUGGGAGAGCCUUUGCUCAUACUGCAUCCCUUAUUAAACAUCAGAAAAGUCAUGCUGGAAAAAAAGCCGUAUGAAUUCAGUGAAUGUAGGAAGGCUUUCAGCUGGAAUACACACAAUAUUCACAUGACACAUACUGGAGAGAGAUCCUAUAUGUGUAAUGUAUGUAGGAAGACUUUUGGUUGGAAGACCUAUCUUGUUCAACAUCAGACAGUACAUGCUAAAGAGAAGCUCUAUCGAUGUCAAGAGAGAAGGUGGGCUUUCAGUCACACCUCGCCUCUUAUCAAACACCAGAGGUUCCAUAUUAGUGAGAAACCAAGUAAAUGUGAUUGAUUUGGAAAGGCUUUUGUCAGAGGACACAAAUUAUUCAACAUAAGACAGUUUCUACUGGCAAGAAGGCUUAUCAAUGCAAUGAGUAUGACACAGCCUUCAGUCACAUACUGUUCAGUAAGUAAGUAAAUAAAUAUCAGAUAAUUCAAGUGUGGUAAAAGCCAUCUGUAAUACUUCUUCCCUUACUAAGCACCAAGAACACAUAUAAAAGAGAAGUCCUUUGAAAGCAAUAAAUGUGGGAAGGCCUUCUAUUAGAGCUCAUUUUUUUUUUUUAAAGAUUUUAUUUAUUUAUUUGAGAG